AUGGCUGCUUCCGCCCAGAAGCCCAUGUCCAACAUCGCCAUGGCCUUUGGGCGCCAGGACAGUGGCCACGCUGCUUCGACUGGCACUCUCCCUACUCCGCCCAGUUCCAUCUCUCCGACCCUUCCUGCGCACAAGCGACGCCCCGUGCCCGUAGCCGGCCGUCUUCACACACCAGAAGAGGAGUCUAUGGAUAUAGACCUCCAGGAUGCGGUAGAACACGCGGCAGCGCAGGACCAGCCCUCUGCUCUCUCCAAGGAGGCGCUGGCUGGGUUGGAUGCGACGCGCCAGAUUACGGCCCUCAUGCUGGCCAAGCACCAUCUGCCAGACAUUAUCGAGGGCCACGGCGCAAUGCCCAUCCGCGAGAUGAUGGCGCAUCUGACGCAUGCGGUACCUGGCUUCUCUGGACUACCCCCUGCGAAGGCCCGUAGGCUGGUCGUUGCAGCGCUGGAACAUCGCGCUGGUGGCGGCCUGCACGGCGAGGUCAAGUUCGAGAAAGUCGGCUGGGGGCGUUGGAGUGUAGCUGGCUCCGGCUCCCAGGCUGCGGGCAUGCCCAUUGGCGGUAAGCGCCCUGGAAAUGGGCGUACACCACCAGAUAGUGUUGAUAGCAUCGGAGGCAGCCUCCAGAUUCCAAAGUUGCGACAAGAACGCGACGUCUACUCUGGCAGCUGGAACGCUGGCUCGUGGUCGCCGCACCGCCAGGGCGAAGACGAAGAGAUGGCUGAUCAGAUGUCGCUAGACGACUCCGAAGGCAGUACCGAGUCCGACUCGGCUUCGGACAUGGAUUUGGAAGAAGAAUUAAAUGACGACACUGAUCAAGAAGACUGGGCGACCAUGGGGCCUGAAGCUCUUCGCGAGACCCGCCGCGGUCCGCGCCGAGAACACCGCGAUUACAACUAUCUAAGCCGAACACAGACGAGCAACCCGCGCUAUCGGAGCAUAUCCGCCCAGGCCCACUCUCUGCCUCAGCCUCAUCACGGACGCACUGCGACGCCCACGUACAAACCUUUCCUUACUGUUCCUCAUGCAUCCCACGGUAAUCACGUCGUGAACGCGGGCUCUCCUUUGACUUCUUCCGUUUUCAAUGCAUCGGCUGGUGUAGCCGGAUCUGGCGCUGAGCGCGACGCUAUCGAGGCACUCAUUGCCAUGGGCUCCAUGUAG